AUGGAUGGAUGGAUGGAUGGAUGGAUGGAUGGAUGGAGGGGAAGCAGGAGCUCCUCAGAAGGUGAGCAGGUACUACCUGACCCUUCUCUUGUCUGGGAAUGAAGCCUAGAGCCACCACCAUGCCAAUCAGACCCUGGUUGGGCAACCACGGUCCUGCUUUUUCACCACACUGACUGAAGCCAGCACAAGCCCUUGAGCCCCUCCACGCCUACUGCUACUAUCCACAGCACAGCUGCAGAUGGCCUACAGGUCUUGUUCUCCACCUGGAUGUGACACAAAGCAGAAGUUGAAGGGGAAUGACUAGGGCAAAUCACAGAAGUCCAGUGACAGAAGAAUGCUUUAGCAAGAAGGGUGAACCUGGUGUCACUGGAUUGUUGUGUCCUCAAUAGAGGCUUGCAGGAGAGCAAGGAGAACCAGCAAAGGCAGAGAGAGGAACCCAAAAAUAGAACUGAAGGGGGAAAAAAAAAAAAGAAAGAAACCCAACAACCCCAAAUUCCUGUUUUUAAUGCCAAAUCCCAGCUUGCUCUCCUCCCUGUCACCCUGGCGACAUUCCUUAGGGUCGCCAUGGAAACGGGAGGCAUGGAGAGAGCAUCAUGGGACGAUACUCCAGGCGAGCCCAUAAGGAUGAGCCAAGGAACAGAGGCAUGAGAGAACCAACUAGGGGUAAAAGUGCCCUCAGCACCCUGAGAUCCCAUUGGAGAAGAAGGGCUGUCCCAAGCCAGCCAGGAGCCACGUCACCCAGCGCUGCUCCGGGGCUGCUGAGAGGACAAAACCUAACUUUGCACAGGCCCCGCACAGAAGGGAAAAGCAGCGACAGAGACGCAGUUCUGGGAGAGAGAAAGUCCAGGGACUUUGGGGCAGGGGACGCGGAGCCUUGGGAAGGCAUAGAGAAGAGAGCUCCGGGCUCCGGGAGAAGGGAAAGUUCAGCCAGAGGAAAGCGCACGCUCGGCUGAGGACGGAGCUCCCCGCGGGGUUUUACGACUGCCCUCGCCCACCGCCGCCAUGAACAUCUUCCGCAUCCUGGGGGACGUCUCCCACUUGUUGGCCAUCAUCAUCUUGCUGGUGAAGAUCCACAGGUCCAAGUCCUGUGCUGGUAUCUCGGGGAAAAGCCAGAUUCUUUUUGCCCUUGUCUUCACUACCCGCUACCUGGACCUGUUCACAACAUUCAUCUCCCUCUACAACACCGUGAUGAAGGUCAUUUUUUUGAUAUGUGCCUACAUCACCGUGUACAUGAUCUACGUGAAAUUCCGGAAAACUUUCGACAGUGAGAAUGACUCCUUUCGCCUGGAGUUCCUCCUGGUCCCUGUGACAGGCCUGUCCUUCCUGGAGAACCACAGCUUCACCCCCCUGGAGAUACUCUGGACCUUCUCCAUCUACCUGGAGUCUGUAGCUAUCCUCCCUCAGCUCUUCAUGAUCAGCAAGACAGGGGAAGCAGAGACCAUCACAACGCAUUACCUUUUCUUCCUGGGCCUCUAUCGUGCCCUCUAUAUCGCCAACUGGAUCUGGCGCUACCACACCGAGAAGUUCUAUGACCAGAUUGCUGUGGUCUCCGGGGUGGUACAGACCAUCUUCUACUGCGACUUCUUCUAUCUCUAUGUUACCAAAGUCCUAAAAGGAAAGAAGCUAAGCCUUCCAAUGCCUGUUUGAAGCCAUUUCCAGACAACACCAGAAAUUCCAAAGACGAAACUCUAAUUGACCACAGCUUUCCUUUCCUGGCCCUUGUUGACUGAAGAAUGGCUCAGCUGAGCUUCACUCCAGUGCCAGAAGACAGCGAGGCCAGGACAGCUGGUAUGCUUGUCACCUGGAUGAGACUCUCCCUCCAUUUUGUUGUGUUUCUUCUUACUUGAAAUUGGUGCUAAUGAGUAGUGCUGGCCAAUACUAAGAAAUGCAGAUCGUUUUCGUCCCUGUUCUUCCUAUCACUCACCUCCAUAACAUGCCUCUACCUUACCCUGAAACACCACAAGAAGUAAAAGGGAAACUGUCACAGUCUUUAGUCCCCAACGAAUGCCAAAGUGAAGAGGGCAUGUUAUCAUGAAGUCUGAUAACAUAUACAAAGGUCACUGGCCCCUAUGUGCAACCACAGAAUAGCCCAAGUUGGAAUGAACCCACAAAGACUGAGUCCCACUCCUGGCUCCACACAGGACCAUCCAAAAUUCAACUGUUAUACCACCGCUACAUGAACUACCGCCCUCCCACUGUGCCUGAACCCCGAUCUAUUAAGGUCCGCGUUACCUUCACGUGGCAAGAAUCUUCCAUUCCACAAGUAUUCCAGCACCCUCCCCACUCACCCAUCUCCAGUGAGGGUUCCUCACAUUCUACAGAUGAGGGACAUUUCAAUUAUAGUUCAGAGGGCCGCCAACAGAUGUUCUUAACCCCUUGGAUUCAACUUCUUUUAACAAACGGGAAGAAUGGGGGCAAAUGUUGUUUUAUGCUCCAAAAAUAAUAAAGACAAAGUUCACAAUUUAUUGACAACAGUGUUUUUAUUUAUACCUACAAAAGAAAACAAGAUGGUAUCAAAAGGACAAUUUACAAACUAAGAAUAGUAACAUAGCUCUUAGUAUCCUGUGUCUGAACACCACAGAUCUAUGAAUCUCUCAAUUCAAGUCUUCGUUAAUACAACAGGAAUGUGUUCAGAGACCAGCAAACGUGUGAAACGAGAUGCUGAUCCCACACAAAGCCACUAACCCUUCCAUUGUUCAGAGAAGUCCAAACAGUAAAUUGCUUCAGGAAGUGGGAGGGGAGGAGACACCCAAGUCGUAUGACACUCCCACAGAACUUUUUACAGAUUGAAAACAACGCAAACGAUACUAAAGGCUAAUGCUUAUCAACGAGGGCCCUCCAGCUGGUAUAUGGAACAGAGCAGCGAGCACCAGGUGGGACAGGGGCAGCACAUGCCACGGUGCGUUUAAGCAUUCAACAAUCUGGUUAACACUCUGAACUGAACCCAGACCCUGGACUUCAGCUGACCUCAGUAGCAAUAAAGCACUGCAAGACUUGGCAUAUAUAUGUUUACAUGUGCACAAGUCCCCCCAAAAGAAGUAAAAGCGAUAGCAAACUAUAAGGCAGCUUUGGUGGCCCAGAGACCCUUUCUAAAGCCAGUCAGCAAGAUGCCCUACUCCUACACCCCUCGAACACAUUUCUGCAUCAGUCACAAAUUUUAAAAAAAGUUAAAAAAAAUAAACCUCUAUGCUUGCUUGUGAGGGAGGCCAAAGACAGAUCAGUCAGUGCCUGGCUAAAUGAAAUGUUUCUGGCUUUCACUUAACACAAGCAAAGAAAUUGCUUGCCUAAGCAAUGGAAUUUGAAGAGGGGAUGAGGGAAGCAAGGUUCUGGAAAAAAAUCUCUCCCUUCUCCCUCUGUGUCAGCAACCUACCUGUGUACUGCACAAACCAAUGUGCAUUUAUCUCACAAAAUUAAUACUCUGGGAAUUU